AUGAAAAUAAAUAAUAAAUUAGAAAGUACAAAAUUUAUAUUUGAUUUAACUAAAAUUAAUAAUUUAUAUCAUCUUAUUUCAAUAAAAUUUUUUUUAAAGAGUAAAGCUAAGAAUAUUUUAAAAACAUUACCAAUAGAAGAGAGUGUUAUAUUUAAUAUUUGUAUGAAAGAUGCCAAAAUUUUACAAGAUUUAGCUAAAUGUGUUGGAAAUGUUAUCAAAGUUAAAAAUUAUUACAAAAAAAAUAAAAUUAAAAAAGAUAAUUUAUUUAAAAUAAGUAUUAUAAAAAGAACAGAUAAAGUUGAAAAAAAACGAAAAAGAAUAAAUAGACCUAAAAGUUGUAUAAUUUGUAGAAGAAUAUUAGAAAAGAAUUUAACAAAAUCAAAAAAAAUAUAUUUUAGAAAAAAACGUGAUUAUAAAUUUGUAGAUAAAAAUAAAAAACAGAUUGAUUCAUUGUAUAAUAAUGAUUUACCUUUUUAUUUAAAAAAAUUGCAUUAUCUUCAAGAAUAUGGUAUAAUGAAGGAAUAUGUUCAUAAAUAUAUUUUAAAAAAAAGUAAAGAAAAUGAAGAAAUAUUAAACAAAUUAAAUUAUUCUAUAAAAUAUAAAUUUUUUCAAGAAGAAAAAGAAAUAUCUAAUAAUAAUAAUAAUAUGUUUUCAAAAAUAAUUGAUAUUCUUAAUAAUUAUAUUUCUCAAAAACAAAAAUAUUUAAUUUUUUCACCAAGAUUAUUUAAUUUAUUUCCAACAUCUGAAGAAAGCAAUAAUAAAAAUAAUGAAUAUUUAUCACCAACACUUUUUAGUUUUCAUAAUAAAGAUGGAUUUUUAUCAAUUCCAGAAAUUUUAAAAUCAACAUCGUUAAGUAAUAAUGAAAUUAAUCAUUGGAUUAACAUUUUAAUAGAUGUUAGUGGAGCAGGAAUUAUUGUUAAUAAAACAAUUGAAAGUUUAGAUAAAAAAAUGAUAGAAAUGAAAAAUAUUAUAUAUCCAAAUAUUAUUGCUGUUGAGAAUAGGGAAAAAGUAUUUAUGAAAUUUAAAGAAAUAAUAAGUAAUGAACAAAAAAAUGAUUAUACCAAUAAUGGAUAUUCUUUUUUAAAUAAAAAACAAAUUGAUUUUUUAUUUGAAAAGAAUUUUUUUAAAUAUAAUAAUAAAAGACUGACAGAGAUAUCAUAUUUAUCAAAAGAUCAAUUAGAAGAUAUAUUAGAAAAAAGUAUAAUAAAUUUAGGAGAAAAUAAUGAUAUAAAAAAUAAAUGGAGAGAUGUAAAUUUAAAUUUAUUUACUAUAAAUAAUAAAAAUAAUCGAAAUAAACGAGAAAAAAAAGAAGAUUUAAGUGAUAUAAAUGAUGAAAAAAAAGAUGAUAAAGAUAAAAAUGAACAUUUUUCAAUUCUGAAACCAUCUGUAUUUUCAACAAGUAUUAAUGAACCUGUAUUUAUUGACUUUGCAAUAUUAUCACCAGAAGCAUUUAUGGCAGAAAUUGCUUCACCAGAAGCUUUUUCUCUUCAAAUACUUGAUCCUAAAGCUUUUGUUGCAUCUGUAUUAUCACCAAAUGCAUUAUUUGCAAGAAUUUUAAAACCUGGUUUUUUUAGAACAGAAAUUUUGUCACCAUCUGCUAUAAAUAGUUGGGUAUUGUCACCAGAUAUAUUUAUGGCUGAAAUUUUAUCACCAAAAAUAAUGGAAGCAAAAAUUUUAUCACCACAAUAUAUGUUUUUGGAAGUUUUAUCUCCAGGUUUAUUAUCACCAAAUAUAUUAUCAUCAGAUGAAAAUGGUAUAGUUGUGUUAUCUCCAAGAAUAUUGUCGCCAUUAAUAAAUUCCAAUGAAAAAAUGGUUGUUGAAAUUUUAUCACCACAUAUUUUUAGCGGUCAUAUAAAUAAUUUUAAUAAUACACUUGAAUUGGGAAAUUUAACAAAUAUUAAAAAUAGCAAAAUAACAAAAUAA